CACGGCCGGAGAGCAGUUCAAGGCCGCAGACCCGCUCGCGGCGCGCUCUCAGCAUGCCCAAGAAACCAAAGUGCCCCGUAUGCGGGUCCCGCAAAUGGCGCAAGACGCGGGACGGCCAAGUGGUCUGCGAAGACGGGCACGUGUUGCAGGGCGUGCGGACGGAGACGAACGAGAUGACGGGGCCGACAGCGCACGCGCUGCAGAAGCGGCGCAUGCUCAAGGGCGGCGAGCGGAUCAACAAGCGCAAAGUGUACGGCCGCGCCGACCGGGGCGUGUAUCACGGCGCGCAGGCCGAGGCGCUGCGCUUGCAGGGCUUGCAGGUGUUGCUGCGGCAUCAGGUGGCGGCGGUGCGGCGGCUGUGGGGUGUGCCGGAGGCGCUGGAGGCGAUCGCGCGCGAUUUGUGGGCGUAUCAAGUGAUUCUUAGUGGGCGGGAGGGGGGGAGGGGGCGGAAGAGCCGGCGGCGGAGUUUGGGGGACGACGUGACGACGCCGACGCAGACGGACGGCGAGGGGGAGGGGGAGGGGGACAGUGGGAGCGAGAGUGGGAGUGAUGGGAGUGAUGGAGGGAGUGGGAGCGGGAAGAGCGACAGCGACAAGGAAGAGGAGAGCGAGUUCGAACUCGAUGCGGACUUGGUUGCGCUGGACGACGACGACGACGGCGACGGCGACGGCGAUGCCGACCCCGGCCCCGACGACGGCAUAGAAGGGAGCGAAGACGAAACCAAACCACCAUGGAAGCGGCUGCGCGCGCUGCGCAUCUCGGACGUACUCGUAACCCUCGCAUUAUCGCUCUACAUCCUGCGGGUGCCCUUCACCUUCCAGCGCCUCGAGGCGCUGGUAAACACCGCCCAAAUCCCAUAUAUUGACUUUGCGCGCACGACGCUUCUGCCCCCGCCGAUGGUGCGGCACAUGAACCGCGGCGUGCGCCGCUCGCUGCGGCCGCAGCGCGCGCCGGCGGCCAUGCACCUGUGGGAGAACACACACGUGUUCGCGCGCGUCCUCCACGUCUACUUUGCCGUGCCGUUGCCCGAGGCCAACAUCCCCCCCGUGGCGUGGUUCGUGGUCUCGCAGCUCGGGGGGACGGCAAGGACGUACGACCAGGUCGUGCGGCUGCUCGCUAUCGUCGUCCCGAACCUCGGGAUCACCGCGCGCGCAUAUGCGCCGCGCGAGGUCGUGCGGCGCACGGGCGCGUAUGCCGCCGCCAUGCCGCGCGCGUGGGACGCAGUCAUGCCAGAGCUGACAGUCGCCGCCGCGUGGGUGGUCGUUAUGAAGAUGGCGUACGGGCUGGAUGGGCGUACGAGGCUGCGGCUGCGCGCGGACGCGGCGCUCGGCAUGCCGAAAAUGGAGGAGUGGGUGGGCGAGCUCGAGCGCCGGCUGUGCGCCGGCGCAUUCACAGGCUCGUUGCGCGAUCUCGAGCCGCUCCAAUUCCACGAGAUGGGCGGGGUGGCAAUCGACGCGUUCCUCGAUCGCGCGGAGCAUGUGCUCCUCGCCGAUCGCGUUGGGGGCGCGGGCGCGGCGUUCCCACUCCCCCGCGUCGCGCGGACGGCGUACGAUCCGAAUUCGUGGGCCGCGUUCCACGCGCGCUCCGAGGAGGCGAGACCUGCUCGACAUGCACGCAUGCGCACGCGCAGCCGAACAAAGUCUGGCCGCGCGCAGGGCUGCGCGUCCGCGCACGACAUGACGACGCCCGACCUCCCCCUCCUACCUGGCGACGCGGUGCGGAUUUACACCCUCGACAAGGGUGUGCCGCACGAGCUCGGGAUCGUGCUGGCGUCGGCGGCGGCGGUCGUGGGCGUCGACGUCGACGCGGUGCGGCGGCUCGUGAACCGCUUCGAGAGGCGGAUGGAGCGCGCGCGGCCAAAGGGCCCGGCGGGGCGGCGGAGCCUCGGCGCGUUACGCGAGACACGGAGUUUUGGGAGUUUGGGUGAGGUGCGGUAGGCGCGCGUCAUGCGAAGCGGUCGGAAGUGCAUGGCAUUCGGCGGUCCUGAUAUCUGGUA